AUGGAGGCCAUCCUUGCUCAGAUCCGAAGCUUAGCCCUAAAUGCCGAUGAAGCCAGUCGUCUGAAAAUGGUGAAAUCUCUUCGACAGAUGCAAGUCGAGCUUCAGACUCCAAAGGAUUCUCUCAUGGAGCUAGCGGGACUGGGGCUCACGAAUGCAAUGCUCCGCGUUGGCGCGGACUUGGGGUUUCUUCGUUAUCUCGCGAGGAGUGAUGUCCCUUUGAGUGUGACGGAAAUUGCCAAGCUGACUGGAGCUUCUCCUCAACUCCUAGAGAGAGUCCUUCGUCACUUAGCUGCAUCAGACAUGAUCCAAGAAACUGGAGUCAAUGAAUACACCGCGAACACCAUGACUCGUGUAUUGGCUGAUCAUAGGGGCCAGGCUAUGAUAUAUCACGGAUUCGACACCCAUGGACCAGUCGUUCAAGCAAUGCCUGACUUCUUCGCGGAAAACGACUAUCAGGAUCAGCCAAAACACUUCGAUAACCUACAAAAGGUCAUGACAGCGCUCCAAGGAUCAGAAUGGACCGAUGGGUUCACUCUUAUUGACGAUGAAGCACACAAGAUUCCUCCCACUAGCCCCCAGGCUUCAGAGAAACCCUUCUUCGUCGAUGUCGGUGGUGGUCAUGGGCACCAAUGUAUUGAGCUUGGAAAGAAGUACCCACAGCUACUCGGUCGUCUUAUUCUCCAAGAUUUGCCCGAAGCAGUAGGAAAACUUGCCCCGAUUGAGGGCGUCAAGGCCGAGGCUUAUGACUUUUUCCAAGCACAGCCCGUCAUUGGAGCGAAGUUCUACUAUCUCCGCAGAAUCAUGCACGACUGGCCAGAUGACGAAGCCGCCAAGAUCCUCCGGAAUAUUCGCAACGCCAUGAGCCCCGACUCGCGUAUCUUGAUUGACGAGGCUGUCUUGCCAGAUACUGGCGCCAACUGGCAAUCGACGAUGGCUGAUCUGGCAAUGAUGGCUUUUGGCGGUAAAGAGCGUACUAAGCAUCAGUGGGAAUCACUUGCGCAGAAUGUGGGCUUGCGUGUUGUGCAGAUUCAUACUUACGUUGCCUCAACUUAUACUGCCGUUGUCGUCUUGGCCAUCUAG